UUCAGUUAGUCAUUGACGACUGAGUUCGACCUUCUUCAUCAAAAGAGCAGUAGUGUGGAAGAAUUCUGCAGAAAAAGAAGACAAUGAAGCUCUUAAUCCUUGUACUCUGCCUCUGUAUAGCAGUAGCUGAGAAUUCCAAACUCAUAGACAAACUUGAAAAACUCUAUUCAUCCGACUCUGCAUCCGACUCUCAACCCCCAGACAUCGGCAUUCUUGAAAAAGUAGACGAGCUCGAUGCUCUGAUGCAGGAUACAAAGGAACCUGAACCGAUCGCUUCAGAGAAAAGAAGGGUUACAAAGAAAGGAUACUGUUUUGACGGAAAAACCCUUGCUGAUGGUCCAGGAAAUAGAGGAUGCGCAGGAAAAUUGUGCUACGACGCGAUGCCCGCAUAUUGCGACCGUGAAUUUGAAAAUUUGAACGAGAAAGAAAGGACAGAUUUAUGUAAAAAAUACAAGGAACAUUACGAGCAACGUUGUCCUUUCACCUGUGGCUUCUGCAAACAUCGUAGUCCAGGUCUGGAUUGCAGAAGAAAAUACGGAGUUAAUGAAUGUUGUUGGAAUGGAGUUCGUUCUUUGAAACCCGACAAAAGUGACUGUAUGCCUUGUGCAGACAUCUACCCCGAAACGUGUAAAGAGUUUUUUACCAACAGGAAUGGCCUAAGAUGUGGCUCUAACUCCUACCAUAUUCGAGAUUUCUUGGACAAGAGUUGUCCUAAACUAUGUGGUAGAUGCCAAUAAAMMGUUGAUUGACCAUCCUCUGAUUGCACCAAACACUAUGUAAAACAGAAUCUUUAAAAACAGUAAACACAAUCUAAAUAAGCGUCGUAUUGGAAGCUCGUUGCUCAGGUUUGGUUGCACAGUGCAUAUCUUAGAUAUCGUAAAUAAUUAGAAUAUUUACAAAAAAGAUUGCUUUAUUUGAGCGAGAGAAAAUGAAAAAUGAUACCAUUUAGUGAUACAGUGAAUGUAAUAUCUAAUUAACUGCUUAUUUGUUAGAAAUAAAGAAAUACAGAUAAAUGAA